ACUGGACUGAGUGAGGACGGACGCAGCAGAAGAUGAAGAGUUCUCUGUGCUGACGUACGAGCUCCGUCGUUUCUGUGGAUGAAGCCAGCUCUGGAGCAGCACUUCAGGACUGACAGACCGUCAGGAAGUGAGGAACUGAGGAAGGAAGUAGGGCCCAGGAUGACGAGCACGGCCCCGACCAGGAAGCCAUACCGUAAGGCGCCACCGCAGCACCGCGAGACGCGCCACGCCCUGCCCGUCGCUCCGCCUCCGUCUGCGCCGCAGCACGAUAUCAGUCAGGAGGCGUUAUCAGACUCUGACAGGAUCAGAAUCCUCCAGCAGCAGAAUGAGGACCUGCAGCGCCGCCUCUCUCUCUCCACCCACAAGAUGGAGGCCAUGGAGGCGGAGUUUGACGGCAGCCGUCACUACAUGGAGGCGGAGCUCAGCCGCACCCGAGACGACCUCGACAAGAUGAGGGACAAGUUCCGCAGACUCCAGAACAGCUACACGGCGUCUCAGAGAGCCAAUCAGGAUCUGGAGGAGAAGCUUCACGCUCUGCUACGGAAGGUGGAGAGGGACAAAAAGACGAUGGACCAGGAGAUCGUGGAGCUCACCAACAAACUGCUGGACGCCAAGAACACCGUGGACCGUCUGGAGGAGCUCAACGAGCGCUACAGGCAGGACUGUAACUUGGCCGUUCAGCUGCUCAAGUGCAACAAGUCGCAUUUCAGGAACCACAAGUUUGCUGACCUGCCGUACGAGCUUCAGGACAUGCUGAACAAACACAUGAAGAGCAGCCUGCCGGAGAGAGGCCCCGCCCCCGGCUCCCAGGACCCGGACACGCUCAGUUUGACUCCCGCCGACGUCGUGCCGACCUCCGUCAUCGCCCGCGUCCUGGAGAAACCCGAGCCCCUGGUCCUCAACUCCGCCCAGUCCAGCAGCAGCUGCAGCCGCCCCGUCGCAGAGGACGUCUUCGUGCACGUGGACAUGACGGGCCCCGCGGGGGCCGAAGGCCGCGGCCGGGAGAACGGCGGCGGUCAGGAGGCGGCGCAGCAGAACGGUUCCUGCCGCAGUCAGAGCAGUCUGGACGGGCAGUCGGGGAGCGAGGAGGCGGGCAGCGCUCCGUCCUUUGAGAAGCUGAACCCAUACCCGCCGCCGCCGCCCCCCCACCCGCUCUACCCCGGCCGCAAAGUCAUCGAGUUCUCGUCAGACGACAAAGUGAAGAUCCCAAAAAACUCCCCGCUGCCCAACUGCACCUACGCCACGCGGCAGGCCAUCUCUCUGAGCCUCGUCCAGAGCGAUGACGAGCGGAUGGCCCCUGGCAGCCCCGCCCCCUCAUCCUCCUCCGGCGGGGGCGUCCACCAUCACACGCCACCAUCCCAGCGGGACGCCGCCAGCGAGCCGCUGUCCAGUCAGUCCAGCCCGUUCAGCAGCCCGCCACAGGCGCCCAGCGUGCUGGCGAGCUCCGGGAGCUCGGAGGAGGACCUGCUGGCCAGCUGGCAGCGGAUGUUUGUGGAGAAGAUGGCGCCGUCCACUGAAGGCUCCGUGGUUCACCGCACGUCAUUCAGCAGCCAGACGGCUCAAGAGCUGCAGAGGAGGAGGCCGCCGCCGGGGGGCGGGGCUUCAUCCUCCACCGACCGCCACAGAGCGGCGUAUUCAGAUGGCGAGGAGGGUUCGUCGGCACGGAGCUGGACGCCGAGCCGCGGAUCCAGCCUCGACACCGACACAGACACCGAGCUGCGGCCCGGCAAGAGGGGCCGUUGCGGCGACGGCGGCUCCGUGGAGGAGGGCGAGAGGCUGCUGAUGAACCUGGAGGAUGAUGGCGGCAGCGGGGACACGGCGGUCACCUUGGCAACCAGCCCAGCUGACAGCCGCAGGAAGGAGCUGGGGGGGGAGGGGGAGGAGGAGGAGGAGGAGGAGGAGAGCUCGGCCGAGGAGAGAGACGUCCUCCCCCACGACCUGCCCGUCAUCUCGCCCCGCCUCCUGGACUUCGACCCCGCCCUCGCCGCCGCCGCCGCCCCGCAGCGGCCUCAGAAGAGCCCGAAGAGGAUGGGCGUGCACCACCUGCACCGCAAAGACAGCCUGACCCGAGCCCAGGAGCAAGGCACGCUGCUGGACUGACGCUCGCUCUCCGCAGCCUGAGCACGCCUCGCUCGCCCCACACUGUGCUCCCUCAGCUGACCCGGCUGUCACAGAGGUCAGAGGUCACGGCCAUCCAGGAUAUAGCCAUACUCUACCGUAUGCUGCCGAGCUCGCCGCCCGACCCGUGUGUUUGUGUGUGUGUGUGUGUCAGACCGAUCAGUUGUGAUAUCGAUCAGUGAUUUAAAGUGUUAAAAAAUUAAAACAGUAUUUUUAAAGAUUAACUAGAAUCAGAAAACAAUUCUCUUAAUUUUGUUUAAAUUUAAUCAAACACGUAGAGGUCGCCAUUCUUCUUCUGAAAGCAGAACGAGGCAGGAAACUCAGUAAGAUUAAAGGUUGAUGAAACAGUUGAAUGAAGAUUAAAGUUUUUUUAAAACACUAAAAAAAUAACAGAGUUUGGUUGCUGGUCAUGUAGCGUCCAGCACGUGAACGGCUGAUUAAACGACGAUACGUUGAUUAUUGGAAAAUUAAGUUCUGAAUAAUCAGUCAAAAUAUAAUAAUGAUCGGUGUGUGUGUGUGUGUGUGUGUGUAUGUGUGUGUGGGGUCAGAGUACAAAACUGGAAACUUUACGGACGUCUUUGCCUUGUUUCCUGACCGGGAGCUUUUAUUUUGAAGAGAACACACACUCAGACUCUCAGUGCCUAUCACACUUCCUCUCUCUCUCUCUCUGUCUCUGUCUCUCUCUCUCUCUCUGUCUCUGUCUCUCUCUCUCUCGGUCUCUC